GUGACAUAAAUGUAGAAUGCGACAGACGUCACGUAUAAUCAGCUGUUACCAUCUACAACAACAAAACACCCCCGAAUUGGCGAGUUCCCAACAAACUCUGAAAGAAAAACAAAAGAAAACACAUUUGACGUCCAGAAAUUAAAGACCCAGCAUGCCUAGUCUCAAUUGGUUUAAUUUAAAUCGCGUGGAUGGUGGGCCAUCGUACUUUGGCAGUUCAAACCGGCUUUCGGCCUCGUUAUACUGGAACGAUUGGCUAUUCGGCGUGGUCAUUACAGCAGCUGCUUUCGUCACAGUUUUGCUUCUGCUCUCACCCAUCUACAAGCACCAGUGGAGAACUGUCUCACUCGUAACUACAAGCAUUCUCAUGGGAGGUGCUUUCCUCCUGGGUUUAGUGAUGCCUUGGUGGCAGUGUGGUGGGCCGGUCUCCGUUCGAGCUCCGAUUCGAGUUCAAGAUGCAGAGGCCAUGAAUCUCACGAUCGAAGUUCACGUCGGACUCGAUUACGUCAACAUCACACUGGCACUGGAUCCCAGUCAAAAUGCACCAGCCCAACAGAAAACGGAGAAUGUGGUUCUACCUCGAUUACUGCCACGAGAUUCCAUCCAGCUGAUCACUGGAUCCUACGAGAAAGCGAGCGAUCUAAGUGUCAUCAAAUUCAACGAGCGGAUCGAACUGAAAACGGCCGAAGACAUGCGAGUGCAGUUCAGGGAAGCCCUGGAACGCGGAUUGCCUGUGCCCAUCUUGACCGUCAUCAACUAUUUUAGUCACCAGGAAGAAGGUUUCCGAUGGUCUGUCGAUUACCGAAGGGCUGGAUUCUUUUGCCAGUUCUUCCUGACGUUGACGCUCAUCAGCUGGGCGUGGAUGAACAUUUUCUUCCUCGUCAUUCCGCAGCAUGGAGCCGUUGCCAUGAUAACCACCGGUUUGCUGGGCCUGAUGGCCGUCUUUCUCUACUGGAUAUUGUUGCCAGCCUUGGACCUAGUCAUCGUCAUCAAUGGAAGCCUACUCAAAUUCAAACUGGACGGCUGUUACUGGACUGUGCUCGUCACUGGUCUGGUGGCUUUAUUGACCGGAAGCGCCAUGCUGAUUAUCGAAUUGCGUCAUCCAGGCAGUUUGGCAUUUGAUCUGGAAGUCGACUCUGACAUCAAAGAAAAAUUGAUCAACAAAGUAGUCGAGAGACGUUCGGUCAAGCAGCAGCCAUCUUUGCAGUCGCUUAAUCCGCACAAACCCAGUUUGAAGUCGAAAGUGUCGGUCGUCGACGCUACAGCAACUGCUUACGUCGAAAAGAGCGAGAUGACGUCAGACACGAAACUCGAUUCCGGAUUCGGAGUCUCGACGGAAUCGAGCAACAUCUCCGGACUCCUUUCCCACCAGAUGGAUUCGGUCACCGAUCUGGAGCAGAUUGCCACUAUGGAUGGAUCCUACUUGAAGUCGACCGUCACGAAUUUGAUUCAAGCGGAGAAGGCUCCAAAAAUUUACAGCUACACGUUCCGGCAGGGAAGAGAAUUGCCCAGCUUUCACGAGAGCACUAUUUCGUUGCACAGUGAGAUGGUGCCUCGUUUCUUGGACAGCAUUGUCGAAGAGGAUGUUGUCGUCCAUCGGUCGGCUCAUUCGCCUCCGCCGGCGGUUUCGGUGGGACCGCGACGCGUUUCCCAAUCGUCGUCGGACACGGAAAAGGAAGAAUGGCAGGAUCCGAUUGAAAUGAGCGAACCAGAACGUCAGCACCACAGUCACCACACUGAUUCCGAUGGACACAAUGAUACUUUCUGUUCUACUUACAGUUCGUCCACCAAUCCUUCUCCUAGACGUCGUUCUCAACGCGCAAUGUCAAUUGGGUCACACCGAGACAUAUUUGGACACAUACCCAAGGACGCAAAUUUAUAGCGCUACAUACGAUAUUUUGUUGAUGUCAGAGUUUUUCCUUAUUCAGUGCGUUGCAAGAAUUUAUUAAGUAACAGAAAUAAAAAACGAAUCAUUCAUUAGAAAUGUAAAAAAAACCCGUUAGUCUCUAGACUCGUUCAUUUGUCAUGUAUCGCAAUACUUUACAAUCGAUUGAAAUAUAGGAAGUAAGACGACGUCGUCUGCUUCUGUCCAA